AUGGCAGAAACCGCUACACACUUAGACCCAAAAAUAGCAGUUCAGAAGCUGAAGCAGCAAAACGAAAACCUUAAAUCUGAGCUUUCACAGCUAAGAGGUGCUUUGCAAACUGCUAUGAAUAAUCAAAAGCAAGCAAGCAUCCAAGCGCAACGUCCUAACUUCAGUUCAGACUCUGAAGACCGAGAACUCCAAAUUUUGCACUCAAAAAUUAAAAAACUUAAAAAUGAGCGUUCAUCCUUAAAAGUCCAAAUUACUGCAAAUUCUGAUUCCAGCACAGCAGAGAUUGAAAAUGAGUUAAAAUAUCUCAAAAACCAACUAAAGCAAGCAGAAGCUGAGCAGCAAACUCUUUUAAAACUUCAAAAAGACCAAGAAAACCAUAUUGAAACUAUAAGCACUGGACAAACUGUUGCUGAUAAGAUCAGCAGACUUCGAGAAGAAAUAAAAGAAGCUAAAGAUGAAUACCGAGAGGUCAAUGAAACUAUGAAAUCAGAAGAGGCAAGGUGGCUUGAAGACCACAAAAGAAUGAUUGCCCUUGAGUCAAGAAUAAGAGAAGCCUCAGGGAAAACACCAAAAGUUAAAUCGAAAACUCAAGAAGAAGAUGAGUUAACUGAACUAAAAAGAAAACAAGACGUCCUUAAUAAAGCCAUAGCGACUGAAGAAGCUAAAGGAAAACGAUAUAUAAUAGAAGCUGAAAAUAGCCUGAAAGCACUUCAAGAUGAAGAUUUGGGAUUAAAAAAAAAAUUGAGAGAAAAAGACCAGGAGUGCCAAUUAAAAAUUUUGAAAAUAAAAGAGUUAAAAGGAAAUAUUGCAAAUUUGCAAAGAAAAGGGAAAGAUGAAGAAAAUAGAGAAGGGGAUGUAGGCAACUAUGAAGGAGGAAGAGAAAACUAUGGAAGUAAUGAAGGAGAGUACGAAGAUAAGCCAAAGUAUUCUGAUUAUGAAUAUGAGUCAAGGCAUAAUAGAAAUGCAUCAGGAGAUUAUGGAGAAGGUGGGAAGGAGUAUUAUUCAAAGCCGAAACUUCAAUUUUAG